AUGUCAUACAGAGACGCAGUCGCGUUAUUUCCUCCUAAAACAGCAUUCCCUGUACCAAAGUCCUCCACAAUUCCAAAAAAACAAAGCAACAUGAAUCACAAACGCCCUCGUACUCUAAACUACAAUCACAAUAUUAGCCUUUACUUUGAUGUCACCGAUAGUGAUCUCAAUGAUAUCAUUAAUGUUACUGAAUCUCGUACUAAAGUCAUUGUACCUUCCAAUAGACGUAAUGUCAUUCAAGUCUUCACCGAUAAUUUAGAAGACUAUGAAACAUAUUUUAACUCCUUGCAUGACCACAUUUAUCAAAAACGCUUUGAUUGUAUCCUUAGCCCAUCUAAUUUUCAGGCGUCAGAACAUACCUUGAUGUGCUAUACUACUAACAAGACUAAACACUAUAAAACCAUUACAAGCCUUCUCGACUUGAUUUUCCAUCAAGAAUCUCACUCUACUACUACUGUUAUGAAACUCCCUGGAUUUGAAGAGUUUAGAUCUCUCGAACAGAUUCGAAAUGAAAUACCAGACACUUUAGCUGAAUGCAACUUUGGACCUAACUUUUCCGAAGGUGCUAUCAAAGCCGGUGUACAACAACUUGCAAAACGCGCCAAUGUAACCAUUCAAGACGACAUGAUCCAAAUUGUUAAGCAAACCAAUCAAAGAAUUGGUAGUUCUUUUUACAUUUGCAAAGUUAAACUGGCCUCUAAACAAGACCUCCGUUGUUUCAUUAAUACUGAAUUUGAGUUCAAAACCAAGAAUGGCCAUCUCAUUGCCAAGCGUUUCAUCUCAUCCAUUGACUACAUUUCUGCCAAAAUUGAAAGAAAUGCUUCAAGAUUCCCUUCCAUAAACACCAACUACAAGAAGACUACAUUGGUCACUCUUGUUCCAACCAUCUCUAACACUACAGAACCAAAAAAGAGUGUCAUAACUCCACAAAAUAAUACUAAAGCCUCACAAUCAAAACUAAUUGACCGUGUUGACAGACUGGAACAACAGGUCAACCACAUUGUAAACCAAUUUUCUCAACUUCAUCACCUUGUCCAUACUAUUGCAAACAAUUUAGGUUUACUUAACCCCACAGCCCCUGUACAGACUAUUCAUACCAGUAACUCAGAUGGAGAUCAAGACGGAGACUCCAGUAUGAGUAAUACUGAUCAUCAAAAUUGA